UAAUGAAUGUGGUGUUGGUAUGAGUGUAUUAUAGUAACGAAUGUGAUGUUGAUAUGAGUGUAUUAUAGUAAUGAAUGUGAUGCUGGUAUAGGUGUUUUACAGUAAUGGAUGUGAUGCUGGUAUGAGUGUAUUAUGGUAAUAAAUGUGAUGCUGGUAUAGGUGUAUUACAGUAAUGGAUGUGAUGCUGGUAUGAGUGUAUUAUGGUAGUGAAUGUGGUGUUGGUAUGAGUGUAUUAUAGUAAUGAAUGUUGUGUUGGUUUAAGUGUAUUAUGGUAGUGAAUGUGGUGUUGGUAUGAGUGUAUUAUGGUAGUAAAUGUGGUGUCAUCUUUAGAUAAGUGAAGAAGACAAACCUAAUCUAUGUUGUUAUGAUGGUAAAUAAUGUGUUAAAAAUAUUAGUGAACUCAUUCCUUUCUUUCGGAUGCAGGAGUGACAGAAUGAGUUUAUCUCGUAACGGGACUUUAGAGAAGUCGGCACUCAAGGACUUUAACAGUGAUGCAGGUGACUUCGAGUCGACCCGUCUCCACCAUAGAAACUCCAGCUUAUCUGCGGUUGUUGACCCUGUGACCCCGGCAUCAGCAGUGGUGGUCCCUCCUCCAUACUCGUCUUCUAAUGCUUCAGUGGAGCCGCUUGAGCUCAGAGCCUCUCUGGACUGCUGGGCGUGUUCGGUUCUUGUCACGAUGCAGAAUCUGGUCAUUGCUGCAGUGAAUGCAGGGCUGGCUAGCAUCAUAUUCGGCGUAAUCCUCGCUCCAUCACUCGUCAUGGUCGUGUUUGGCUUCCUCUGCCAUUCGAAGGUGCAACCCUAUGGUUCCUCUGUGUACUGUUCGAACCUGCUGAACGAUGCCUCCUGUGUUGCUCUGCUGGCGGUCGGGUUCUUGUUACUGGUUCCUCUGCUGGUAUUAGCUCUGGCAGCUUACUGUAGACUGGCACGCCACCUACAGCUUGGCCUCUGCUUCAUCCCGUACAGCCGAGCCGUCUAUAAAAACAUGCCUGUCUCACAGCACCCAGGUCUGAGAGGCUGCUGCGGCCAGCAGGGGGCGCCGGAGAGAGAUGCCAAAUCCAGCGUGUGGGUGUGAGGAGAGCUGCGGUUCACUUAUACAUAACAUUCAUACCGUCUACAAUGCAUGAUCAUUCACCACACAUUCUGAAUCAAGACCUUGGGAAUAUCAGGGCAGUGGGAGCUUAGUGGUUAAGGUACUGAACUAGUGAUCAGAAGGUUGCUGGAACAAGCCUCACUUAGGCUGCCAUUGUUGGGCCCCUGAGCAAGGCUCUUAACCCUUAAUUGCUUGCAUUGUAUCAGUCACCACUGUAAGCUGCUUUGAGGAAAAAAAGCAUUUGCUUAUUGCUGUAAAUGUAAAUCAGCAAUAAGGAACGUGAACCAAAUCUAGAAAAUGCUCAUCUGAAACCCAACACUCAGCACUGUUUCUUCAUUGUAUUUUGUAGGUUAAUUUGAAGAAGUGAACAGCUCAUUGUAUUGUUUGACCCCUCUGUGUUCAUAAAUGUUUUUAUACUUCUGAAUCUACAGUGAAUUUGGAUGUUACUGUGAUGCUUCUAUUUUUUUAAUGUUUAAUAAAAGUAAUUUUUGAUGACGUUUAACCUUUUGCAUGUUUUAACAUUUUCAAAAUAUU